AUGCUUAAAUACGUAGCCCGGCUGAUAGGCGGACGGCGGUGGAUGCAACCCAGACGCGCUUUUUCGGUCUGUGGCCAAAAUCUGUAUCGUGUCACGCCACGCAGACUCGCCGAAGCAUCACACAAAAUCAGCCUACGGUCCUACCAGGAGGAGUGUAUACAGGCAGUCCUCUCGUCCCUGAAGAAUGGACAUAAGCGUAUUGGUGUAUCACUGGCCACAGGCAGUGGAAAGACUGUCAUAUUCACGCAACUUAUAGAUAGGGUGCCUCCUAUAACCAAGACUGCCACGCAGACAUUAAUUCUCGCGCACAGACGAGAACUUGUGGAGCAGGCUGCUCGCCACUGCACCAAUGCGUAUCCAGACAAGACUGUCGAGAUAGAAAUGGGCUCGACCCAUGCGUCAGGCCUUGCCGACAUCACCGUCGCUAGCGUGCAGAGUAUCAUCUCAGGAGAUCGUAUGGCAAAGUUUGACGCUUCUCGUUUCAAGCUUGUCCUGGUUGACGAGGCUCACCACAUCGUCGCACCUGGCUAUCUCAAGACCCUAGCCCAUUUCGGCCUGGCUACCAAGCAGCAAACCUCUCCGCACCUGGUUGGGGUGUCUGCGACAUUUUCCAGGUUCGACGGCCUUAGGCUUGGUGCUGCCAUUGACGAAAUCGUCUACCACAAGGACUAUGUAGACAUGAUUGGCGACAAGUGGCUCUCGGACGUCUUGUUCACGACGGUAGAAUCCUCUGCAGACAUCUCUAGGGCUAAGACGGGGGCCAACGCGGAUUUUUUGCCUUCGGAGCUUUCACGAGCGGUCAACACGAACGAGGUGAACGAAAUCACAGUGAGAAGCUGGAUGGCAAAAGCCCAAGGUCGAAAGUCGACCCUCGUCUUUUGUGUAGACCUAGCUCACGUAAAAGGGUUGACACAAAAGUUUCGAGAAUUUGGGAUAGACGCUAGAUUCGUCACUGGAGAUACGCACAAGGUGGAAAGGAGCGAGCGCCUAGACGAGUUCAGAACAGGGAAAUUUCCAGUGCUUGUCAACUGCGGUGUCUUCACCGAGGGAACCGAUAUUCCCAACAUCGACUGCGUUGUGCUAGCUCGCCCCACAAAGUCAAGGAAUCUUCUCGUCCAGAUGAUUGGGAGAGGAAUGCGACUACACCCUGGCAAGAAGAACUGUCAGAUAAUUGAUAUGGUGUCAAGCUUGGAGACGGGAAUCGUCACCACUCCAACUUUGUUUGGCCUGGACCCUGGAGAGCUAGUGAACAACGCGACCGUUGAUGAGCUUCGCGACCUGAAGGAACAGAAGGCCGCCGAGGAGACAAGCACAGGCAAAGGGAUUGUUGAUAUGGGUCCUUCCCACAAGCAACCUAGAAGCGUCAACAUAUCGUCAUUGGCUUUUACAGAAUACGAGUCUGUGCUCGAUCUGAUAUCAGACACCUCGGGGGAGAAGCACAUUCGUUCACUGAGCGAAUAUUGCUGGGUUGAAGUAGGACAUGGCCGUUAUGUAUUAUCCGGACCUUCGGGGACGUUUCUCCGAAUCGAAAAGUUGGACGCCGAGGCAGAGGGAUCCCCCAAGUUUCGUGUCGUCGAGGUUCGGGCGCUCCCCGCCGGUCUGUCCAAAUCGCCGUUUGCAGCGCCUCGCGAGCUCCUCAAGGCAACGACGUUUUCGGAUGCGGUACACGGUAGUGACAAAUACGCAUCUGAGAAUUUCCCCCACGCCUUCAUUUCAAGGAGGCAAAGAUGGCGCAAUGGCCCUGCCACGUCAGGUCAGAUCGAAUUCAUUAACAAGAUCAGGGGGCCGAGCCAAGAACCGUUGACCGAGACCGAUAUCACCAAGGGUACGGCGACCGACAUGAUCACCAAAAUCAAACAUGGCGCACGUGGACGGUUCGCCGAGAUAGGGGCAGAACGUCGCCGUCGGGAGAAAUGGAAGCUAGAUUCCGAGAAGGAAGCCGAGCGCAAAUUGCGUGAAGUGGUUUCUGUUGGGCCGGUGCCCAUGUGA